UAUAGAAGAAGAGGAAGCGGAAGUAGCUGCUCGUAUGUCGAUGCUUACAAGCUAGCAUGUGAUGUUGUUUAAGCUUUAUCGACAGUUAUAAUGAACAAACUGAUCAAACCGCAGGAGUUCGACUCGUACGAGCUCGAGGAGCCGAGCGACGAGGAGCGAGCGGAGAGCAGCUCGGAGGACGAGCUGGAGGUCCUGCUGAACGGGACUCCGGAGCAGAAGAAGAAGCUGAUCAGAGAGUACCUGACGGGGGAGAGCGAGUCGUCCAGCGGAGAUGAGUUUGAGAAGGAGAUGGAGGCAGAGCUCAGCUCCACUAUCAAGAGCCUGCAGGGAACAUGGACGCCAUCAGCAGCAGACACCUCGGGUGGAGGCGGUGAUGGAGGCGGUGAUGGAGGGGGAGCUGGAGGAGGAGCUGGCGUUCCAGCUCUUCCUAACCCUCAGAUAUACGACGAGGUUUACUUUGACUCUGACUCGGAGGGAGAGGAGACGCCCGGUGUCUCCACCGGCCGGAGGCGGAGCCAGCGAGCCGUGCCAACCAACGACGAGCUGCUGUACGACCCCGACGAGGACGACAGGGACCAGGCCUGGGUGGACGCACGGAGGAGACGGUACCACGCCGCCAACCGGCCCACCGCGGGGUCGAACCCCAGCCGGGCGCCACGUCUGAGGAGCAGCGACGCCGUCCUCAACUGUCCCGCCUGCAUGACCACGCUGUGCCUGGACUGUCAGAGGCACGACAAAUACCGCACGCAGUACCGCGCCAUGUUCGUCAUGAACUGCACGGUGAAGCGAGACGAGGCGCUGCGCUACAAGCGGGAGGAGGCGCAGCAGCAGGGGAGGCGGAGGAAUAGGAGGCGGGGCCAGAGGACGGAGACCCCGAUGGACGAGACCCCCGAGCCGGCUCCGGAGGGAAUGCAGGCCGACGAGGUCUACCACCCGGUCCGCUGCAGCGAGUGCUCCACCGAGGUGGCCGUGUUCGACCGGGACGAGGUCUACCACUUCUUCAACAUCCUGGCCAGCCAUUGCUGAGGCCCAGGGGGGCACCGAGGGGGGGGGGCUCUUUUAUUAUGGCGGGGAGUCUGUCUCUGAUUCUGCACGUCAGAAGGAGGAAGAGGAGACCUGAGUCUGGACGUCGUGUCUCUGGCUUUUUAAAAUGUGUCUCACCAAAACUGGAAGCGGACUGAAGAUCAUCUCAUCGCUGCUCUGCUAGUCGGAGCCAAAGUUUUUAUUCUUAGACAAUUAAAAAGGCACAAACAUUUUUACUGGUGACUCUUUCCCUGAAACGUUCGUAAUCAGUAUGUAAAUGUUAAAUAAGUGUUUAUAGCAACGUUGACUCCUCCUCUUUGUGAGCAGUUGGUCCAUGUGAGUGGGGAUGUUCACACAUGUUUUUGUAUGAUAGUUCUUCUCCAUCCAGUAGAUCCAGAGUCCGGGGGCUUUGAAGAGAACUCGUUUAAGUUGAAUUUCAGUAAAGUCGUGUAAAGCCCAGAUUUUCUUUUAGGGGUCUAAAAUACUUAAACAUCCAAAUGUCCCUUUAUUAAACUCUCAGACUGACAUAGUCUUUCAUGAAGGGCGUGAAUGUCUUUGUACUUUUUAUCAACCAUAAACAGAGCAAAGUAUCACCAGCUGUUUUGUUGAAGAAAGACAUUUGAACAUUAAUGACUGUUGUAAAUAAGCCUCGGUGCUUUUGUUUGGACAAACAAUGUAGUUUUGUACUGUUUAGCUGCUGAUGACCACUGUGAGGAGCUCCUUGUCUGGUCAGUGUCGGAGGGCGUAGAACUUGUGCAGCAUUUCUUAACCACAAAUGUAUAGUUUGAUGUUAUGUUUUUUUUUUAAACUAGUAGGAAAUGCUGUUUUAUGUGGACUAUGUACACACUAAAAUACAGUACUAGAACACGUGAUCCACUGAAGAUAAGCCAGUAUGCAGGUGCAUCUAUUUACUGAACAAGAGGCUGCGUAUUAUUUUGAAAUCCGGAUGCUGGAACUCCUGGCGCGGCGUCGAACCCUACGCCUCACGCGAUUGGCUGAGAGAGGAUCACGUCGUGUGUUACGUCACACGUGGACGGGCAGAAAGGCGAGGCGAGCAGUCGCGGUGUCCGUAGCCGAAGUUGGAAGCAUGGCCCUGGGGGACUGCUGGAAGCAGCUGUCCUGGUUCUACUACCAGUACCUGCUGGUGACGGCGCUCUACAUGCUGGAGCCCUGGGAGAGGACGCUCUUCAACUCCCUGCUGAUCUCCGUGGCCGGCAUGGCUGUCUACACCGGCUACGUCUUCAUGCCGCAGCACAUCAUGGCCAUCCUGCACUACUUCGAGGUCGUCCAGUGACACCGACCUACUGGUCCCUCUACCCCCCCCAAAUAUGAUUCAUCAGGCCUGAUACACACUGGGCUUGAACCCCCCCCAACAAGGACAAGGGUCCCGCCUCGCUCAGGAAAGAGGUGAAGCGCCCGAGGUGUGACGACGCUGACGCAGCACAGCGGGGAGUAAAGAGUUGGAAUUGGACAUGUGGACGAGCCUCUGUCCUGCAGGGGGGGGGGGGGGGUCUGUGUCUUUACUGUACGUCUGUGGCUUCCUGUUCUCUGUAAACAUCCCCCCCCCCCCCCUGCCUUAGUUUAUGGAGAAAGUGACGUACCACCCCAGGGAGUACAAAAAAGUUUAAUUUCUGCUUUUAUUUAAGGCGCCUCGCACUGUGGGCUGAUGGUUUCCUCUUUGUACAUAAAUGAAUCCUAUUUUAAUCAUA